AUGAGCGCGGCAGCACGAGAGGAAAUUGUCGUCAUCCCGACCAAGUCUGGGAACACGACAAACUUAUUUUACCACCUGAACCGCUCUCACCCGCUGGAGUACAGCAGUAUCAAACAGCUACAACCAUCGUACAACAGCCGGUGCAAGUGGAACAGCACCGAAGCAGCAACAACAGGCCACCAUCGAGAUGUACUCAGCAGCAGUGCCAUACGUGCAAGCUGUCAGGUUUUAUACGCUCAAUGUUCUUUAUGUAUCUUUAUUCAGACAUGCAAAAAAAUCAUCAAGAACAAGCUCUUCACUUUCACUUUACCCAGUAUGACGUGUGAAAGUGUUCUAAAAAAUACCAAGCGAUACCUGACGCUAUAUGAGCAGAUGGAAAUAAAAGACUACAAAAAAAUCUGGUACAUCGGAAAAAAGGAAAGUAAAAUUCAGAGCCGGACACAGACUGUAUCGGAGGAAGCCGAGUCCUUUGAUGAUGACCAAGGGUUCUAUAAAGCAAGGAUUGGAGACCACCUGGCUUAUCGCUAUGAGAUACUGAGGGUGAUAGGAACAGGAUUUGCGGGAAAAGUCCUCAAGUGCAAAGACCACAAGACGACAAUGCUUGUGGCAAUCAAGAUCUUUCGAAACACAGCCGAAGGUCAUGAGUUUGCAGAGGCUGAACUAAAAGUUUUGAAGAGCCUGCAAAAGUUGGACAAGAGUAACAAAGCCAAUAUGGUCCAUAUGAAGGAGUUCUUUCACUUUCGCAAUCACCUCUGCAUCACCUUUAACCUGUUUGAAAAGGACCUCUUUAAAGCCUUAAAUCAGAGCAAAAUGCGACGACUCCAUGACGGAGAGAUAAGAAAAUAUGCAAUAGAUGUGCUUAAGUGUCUUCAGGUGCUCAAAGUCAUGAAGAUCGUCCAUGGUGAUCUGAAACCGGAAAACAUACUGAUAGACAAGGAAAACAAUGCUGCAGUGAGUGACUUUGGAGGCUGCAUUUUUAUGAAAGACAAUGACAGACCAACGGUUUAUACUCUACCGUACAUGUCUCCAGAGUUGCUCCUUGGCAAAACCUCCACCCCCGCUACUGACAUGUGGAGCCUGGGCUGCAUGUUGGCUGAGCUCGACAGAGGCUACGCUCUCUUUGGUGGCCAGACCAAAGCAGACAUGUUCUAUUCUAUAACGAGAGUUCUGGGUGCCCCACCAGGAGAAAUGCAGAGUGAAGCAAACGACAAAAAAUUUGGCAUUGGUACUCCAGACAUUGACGAUUCAAAGCAACCUAAAAAUGCAUCGGCCAUUAAAAUAAGAUCCAGCAAUCCAAAGUUUCUGGAUUUCAUCAUGUCCUGCCUGGAAUAUGAUACAAAGAAGCGCCUAACACCAGAGCAUGCUUUGCGUCACCCGUGGAUCCUCAACACAGACACAACCAAACCCAUGAAGACUGCUAUUAAAAUCAGCGUCAAAGCUGCCAAAAACAGCUUACUAAAGAGAGACAAACUGCCACCACCGCUGUUGAAGUCACUGGCACAACAUAAAGAAGUGACCGCUUAACCCUUGAAAUUGGGCACACACAAUAUAUAUGUAUUUAUUACAAUUACAUGCAUAUAUAUGUAUAUAUCAUGUACAUUGCAGCAGCAGCAAACUUGGCUGAGUCACUAACAGACCUCAGAGGGGCACUGGGAAUGGAUCUAAGGACCAAAGCAUCCGCACAGCCAAGACUAAGGAAAAGGCAAACCAGUUUUGUGUUUGGAUAACCAACAACUCAGUGUCCCAUGCAUGGAUACUACAAUGAUUAAAGACUGCAUCCUGAUCAUCUUCAUCAUGACCCCAUUGCUGAAACAACAGCUUACUCUGAGACUAUUGCACAUUUGGCCAUCAAGUGUAGCAUUUACCAAAGAAAUGCACAUUUUAUUCCUUCCUAUUUACUUACCGAUAUCUAAAGUGUACGCUGAUAAUAUAUCAGGAGAAAUUUGGUCCAAGAAUACCCAGGAUUCUAACCAGGAUACGGAUACUAUUCCAUGAUUGGAGAAACCUGCAGUUACAUCCUAGACCUCAGGGGCGCCGAAAAGGGGGUAAAGGAGACGGGUUCUAGGGGCCCCUCUGGCCCUAAUGAUGAUUAAAUUAUAUGAAAUCAUGUGAUGGGGGCCCUGUAAAGAUUCUUUUCACGGGGCCCAAAAUCCCUAGCGGCGCCCCUGCUAGACCUGGAUAACAUUUGGCUCGUAGCCAAGAUAGCGGAUAUAAAAAACAGCUACCAGGCUCUGGCUUUCUGAAAAGUCAAUGAGCACCAUCACAUGGAUGCAACGUGAUCAGCUUCUUGAGAUGUCAGCUCAAUGAUAACAAGUAUUUUCCAUGUGUAUGUACUACAAAACCCAAAACCAGUGAAG